AUGCACUACAGAAUCCUUUUCCUCGCCCCCAUUGUUGCGAUGUCGCUGGCCGCACCCAUCAUAUCCCGCCAAGAGGAAGAGCCAUCGGCGAGUGCCAACCUUAACUUAGUUGGAAGCGCUCUUCCAGCCGAUUCCCAUGGAGGAGAUGUGUGGGCUGAUCCAGCCGUUGACUACAACACAUUAUCCCCACCGAUUGCCUCUCGUCAGGACCGCUAUACUCAGCCCGAUGGCGGCUUCGUUGCCCCGGUGGUUGACAGCCCAGAUGGCGGCUCUGAGGCUUGGCUUGCACCCGCUGUACCUGCGCCUUCUGAAGCCUGGAUUACGCCCGAUGUGCCAGCGCCCUCUGAGGCUUGGGUUGCGCCCGCUGUACCUGCGCCCACUGAAGAAGUCGCCUGGUCUAUUGCCACGCGUCAAGACCGCUACACCCAGCCUGACGGUGGUUUCCCAGCUCCCGUAGUGCCCGUGGUCAUUCCCACCAAUCCAGCGCCUGAACGUUAUGCUACCCCAGAUGGCGGCUUCGCAAAGCGUCAAGGCCGCUACACUCAGCCUGACGGCGGUUUCCCAGCUCCCGUAGUGCCCGUAGUCAUUCCCACCAAUCCAGCGCCUGAACGUUAUGCUACCCCAGAUGGCGGCUUUGCAAAGCGUCAAGGCCGCUACACUCAGCCUGACGGCGGUUUCCCAGCACCCGUAGUGCCCGUGGUCGUGCCCACCAAUCCAGCGCCUGAACGUUAUGCUACCCCAGAUGGCGGCUUCCCAAAACGUCAAGUUUAA